AAGACACUUGAUUGAAACAGAGCGUGUUUGAAAGGUACUUUAGAUUUCUUGUAAGUUUUCUUUCUUUACUGUUGGAAUGCUUAUGCAACAAGGUCAUGAAGUUUAAUUGACAUCUGGUGACUUUUUUUUAGACAGUUUAUUUUUGUUGGGCGCUAUUUCAAUCUGAAGGAAAGAAUAGCGUUCAUUGGAGAAUAUUGUAGUCCAUUUUUUUAGCGGACUACAGUAACAUAAAUUGAGAGUUAUAACUAAAUACAAUUUAAAUAAUUUGGAGAAGCAUUUUUUUAACAUGCAGACAUUCUACCUUCUUCUGUUGGUGAUCUCAUUAAAAGUUAAUUACUUACGAGCCACAGUUUUAGCUAAAGGUUUCGACGCCUUCUUGUAUAAACCUGUCAUUGCAAACAUUACUUGUGGUUCGCCACGUGAAGAAUAUUAUAACACAAAGGAGGGAUACGUAGCUCCGCGAUUGCGUGUUUUAUCCGUUUGUGAUGCGCAGAACCCGCUGCUAGCAAGACCAGCAAGAUACUUGACAGAUGGCAACAUCAGUACGUCAUGGCAGUCGACUAAUAACGUUGACAAAGCGUACAUUAAUGUUAACCUUCAGCAGGCUGUAUUUGGCAAACAGUUAUUAUUCCAAUUCGGUGACUACAGGCGACCAGGUCAAAUAGCUAUCUACAAAUCGUCAGAUUUUGGAAAGACAUACACACCAUGGCACUACAUGGUGUCACAGCGGCAAGAAUGUACAACAGUGUUUGGAAUUCCAGAUAGCGAAAUUUAUAUUCUUCCAGACCAAAAGAUUAACAGAGUGUUAUGUCAAGAAUACAGCGGUUAUCCCUUCGAGUAUGGAGAACAGGUUUUGAUUGAAUUGAACGGGGAGAUACGAGGAGACGGAUCCAAUGUUUAUGAAUCGACAGCUCUUCUGAAAUGGAUGAAUGUUACAAAUGUUUACAUUCGAUUUUCCGGAAUGUAUCGAAAGUUCGAUUUCAUCGAUACACGUUGGCACCAUUAUGUAGUCAGUCAAAUCUCUUUAAUCGCGCGAUGUGAUUGCAACGGACACGGCGAUGGUAUUUCGUGUCCUCUUAAUGUCAACACUGGCUCCCGUACCUGUGCGUGUCAAGACAACACAUGCGGUACCCAUUGUGAAAUGUGCUGCCCUUAUUAUAACCAGUAUCCAUGGAAACGUGGAUCUAAGUCCUCCUGGAUAUCUGAUUCCACGAGUUCUUGUGAACAAUGUAAUUGCCAUAGCCACAGUCAAGUCUGUCGGUAUGAUAAGAAUGUAGCGGAUCGGAAAUUAAGUUUGGAUAUCCAUGGAAAAUACUCAGGUGGUGGAGUGUGUCUAAAUUGCCUGCACAAUACUGAAGGGAUCAACUGUGAAAAAUGCAAGCAGUUUUUUUAUCGACCACCUAAUGUGGAUGCUUCAUCCAUAGAUGCAUGUCCCCCAUGCGGUUGUUCUUUGGCUGGUAGUAGGCCUUCGUCAACAGGUAUUCAAUACUUGGAAUGUAUCAGGCACGCUGAAAUGGCAAAAUUAUUUCCUGGAAAGAACAUUGGUGACUGUUUUUGUAAACAACAUGUGAUUGGUAGCAAAUGCGACAUGUGCAUGAAUGGUUUCUACCGACUAGAAGCAUCAAACAAUCAUGGAUGCAGGCCAUGCGCCUGCCAUCUUCCUGGAACUGUUCAAAGAUUAAAUACUUGCCAUAAGGAUUUUUUUGGGCAGUGUCCAUGCAAAGCUAAUGUGAAACUUCGGGACUGUUCCAAAUGUAAAGAUGGUUACUACGAUUUAAGAAACGACCAUUCUGAAGGAUGCAAAUGGUGCGAUUGUGAUGUGGGAGCUUCGAUUAGUCCUUAUAUAUGUCACAAAGUAACUGGUGUGUGCACAUGUAGAGCGCAUAUCUAUAGUCGAAGAUGUAAACAGAUCCAAGUGGGAUACUACUUUCCAAGCAUGCAUUACAUACAAGGAAGGAGAUACCUAUAUGCAGCAGCACAAUCAACACUCACUACCACCUUGACAAUACCACAUGAUUCACAGUACAAAAUUUUUGCUGGAUAUAUUUUAAUGGAUGAAAGUAUCACCACAUUGACUUUAAGUCUUAAACUCAUGGGAACAACUACAGCAUUAUUUGGUCCAAAUCUACCUGUUGCUUAUCCUGCACAAUGUGUCACAGAAUGUUACCAAGCCUUUCAACAAGGAACCAAUUUUUAUUUUUUCCUGAAAGCAGGUGUUUACAGUGUCCAAGUAGCAUCUACUUUAAUAGACAGUGCCUUUAUGAUGGAACGCAUCAUUGCCAUACCAGUUCAAUUUAUGACAGCCUCAAUUUUAUCAGCUUCUGCUAGAGCAAGUUUCUUAGCAUCUUGUAAUGUUGAGAAUAAUGACCUGGGAAUUGGAACUGCAAACGAGUCAGUUUGCAUGGCUGCAGCAUACAGUAUGACAAUCAAGUUUGAGGAUGGAGCCUUGCCCUGUAAAUGCAACCCAGCUGGUUCUGUUAAUGCCACAUGUAACAAAGUUGGUGGACAAUGCUAUUGUAAAUCUGGUGUAGGUGGUCGAGAUUGUUCUUAUUGUUUACCUGGUUUUUACGACUUCUCCGACACAGGUUGCAUAGCUUGUGGCUGCCAAGGGCCUGACCCAAUUUGUAAUCCAAACACUGGUGCUUGCAAUUGUCCCAUCAACACACAGGGAAGGGUUUGUGAUGCCUGUGCCUGCAAUGGUAACAGUGUCAAGUGUGAACGGAAUGGAAAAUGCUUGGAUUGCCAAUCAAACACAUUUGGAGAUCAUUGCGAAUUGUGCAAACCUGGAUUCUUUGGAGAUGUUUUACAAGGCCAAUGUAGAUCCUGUGAUUGCCAUGUACUGGGCUCUUACAAUCAAUCAUGUGAUUUAGUCACAGGACAGUGUCCUUGUCGACCAGGCGUUGUCAACACCAAAUGCGACAAAUGUGCUACAAAUUACUUUGGUUUAAGUAUAGCCGGUUGUACCCCAUGUAAUUGUAACUUGAAAGGCUCAAUGAAUACACAAUGUGCCGAGACGGGUCAAUGUUCUUGUUUCAUAUCGGCCGAAGGUUUGAAGUGUGACAAGUGCAAGCAAGGAUUUUAUGGUUUACCUUCAAAGUCAUGUCAAACAUGUAAUUGUAACUCCACUGGAACAGUGCUAAACACUCAGUGCAUUAAUGAUGAAUUUGGACAGUGUGAUUGCAAAAGUGGGGUAAUGGGAAGAGCUUGCGAUGCGUGCAUGAAGCAGUAUGCUGAGUUUGGCAUCAAUGGGUGUAAACAAUGUCCACUUUGCACAAGGAAAUUACAGUCACAUGCUGAUGAAGUUGCAAUAAAGUUAAAAAACGUAAAACAGGACUUGAAUUUAACAAAGAAUUUAUCGAACCUUCAAGCUGAGUUGGUAUCAACUCAAGGACGGUUGCAACAAGCUGAAUUAAAUGCAGCAUUGUUUCAAUUUCGUGUGGCACAAGGACGAAAAGAUUAUAAGCGCUUGCAAGACAAUUAUUUGAUUCCAUGGAAUGCACGUUUGACAAGUUUAAUAAACCAGAUAAACAUUGUUACCAUGCAAGCUAGUCAAUUGACUGGUGUCGCGAAUGCUGGUGGUGCAAAGAUGUUAUUGAUAUAUGACGCAGCUCUAAAAGCUUCGCAAACUAGUCAAGAAUCAAACACCUUUGCAUCAACAACGUUUUCACAACUUGUGAAUUUGAACUCAUUAGCAUCAAAAGUUGUCAGUAUGGCAUAUUCAUAUGUUCAAAAUUCUCCAACAUUUGAUUUUGAUACUUACGAGAGACAGAUCGAUUUAGAUUUAGCGCUGUCCAAUCGAGUUCUUGGUAACAUAACUAAUAUUGGAAAGCAGGUCACGUAUCAACAAACGUUAUCUGUCGCAUAUUUAAAAGCGAUGGAUCAAAGUGAAGAAUAUUUUAAAAACAAAGAACAACAAUGGGCAUCAUCGCGUGCAGCAUUCUUGCAAAAUGUUCAAACUGUGUAUGCGACAGGAAAAGAAGUGGAGAGCUUAUUGAAUCAAACAAAGAGUUAUAUUGAUUCGCAAAGACAGUUUAUAAUGGCAACUGAAGAUGAACAGAACAUCAUUCGAACAUUAUUGGCACAAACUGAUACGUUUUACAAACAGACACAGGGAGUUUAUGAGCAAAUUCGUAUGCACACCCAGACUAUUACUGGUGGUAUCGAAGUCAUGUUUUUACCAUAUGUUCCGCAAAAUAGCAUUGUACGAGUGAAUGUUUUACGGGGCUACCAUCUUGUUCCUCGUGAUUAUCCAUCAUUAAAAUCGGACCCAUAUUUUAAACUUUCAAUAUUUCCGAGAUGGUUUAAUCAAGGGCCUUUGGAAUCAGCACCUAAAACAGCUACAUUGGAUCCAACUUGGGACUGGCCAAUUGGCGGAACGUACACAUUUUUUAUCACACCAGAACAAAUUCAAGUUACCAAACUUAUUAUUUCUCUUUACGAUUACGAUGCAGAUAAUUCUGAUGAUUUCAUGGGUGAGGUUGUCAUCAAUCUGGCUGACAUCAUGCCAAUUAAAGACAUGCAAAACACGUACACGCUGACUGCACAACAUUACACUGAGAGGUGGUCUUCAAGUUAUCCUGGUGCUGGCGAAAAUGGUUUGCUCGACCUUCAAAACAUGUUGCGUCAACAAAUAAAUGUUGUGGAAUCUUUACUCACUGAAGUCAAUACAGUACAUGCUACUGCUAAGUCGCACGCUAACAGCUUGCAAACACAGGCUCAACUGCUGACCAGUGAGUUUGACAAGGCAAAACAAUAUGCUGCCAAAGCUGUGAACGCAGUCAACACAUACAAUGAAAUAUACCGACUGAUCAAUUCCUCGCUCGAGGCUGCUGUGGCAGCUAAUACAUCCGUACAAUCCAUUACAAAGAUUCUCAAUGGUAUAUCUGUCACCUCGUUUACUUCUCAAGCAAAUGCUGAACUACUUGCAGCUCAACGGUUUUUAGCACAAUCGAAACAACGGAAUGUAACUUAUGGAUCUUUAAACCUUCUCCUGCGAUCUGAAACUCUUGGCAGUGCUGGCGUGCAGUCACCUCCAAGAUCAAUAAUUCAAAUCAAUGGCAUUGAUUACCAUCCACAUCUCAAUGGCCACAGUGUAUUGUUGGUCAAUUACAGAACGGGUGCUGUCGAGCAAGUUCAAAACUUUCGCACUGAUAUCAAUCCCACUGCUGCUGUGAUGUAUGAUAGAUUCCUGCAACAAAUACAAACUGGAAAAGUUGUAAUUAUUGUCAAACAGGGAUCUGGCAGCAUAGCUACACAGUACCGCAACAAUAUCAUGAGCCGUCUGUUGGAACUCGGAGGACAAGCACCUUUCUUUAGUGGACAUCGAGGCUCAUAUAUACUUUUGGGUUAUCGAAGACAAACUGGUGAUAUUGUUCCUUGGAUUGCACAAGUGGCGAAACUAGAAGGUGCAGGAGCAUCGGAACUGCGACGCACAGUCCAGCUAAAGUCGACGCUGCAACAACUUCUAUAUACAGCCAACACAACCUUCCAUGCUGCUCUCCCUCAGUGGAACGAAAUCAAUCGUCUGUUCCCUGUUUUAAAAGUCAGCGUUGCUACUCUUCUGCAGGAAUCGUCAACGGCUUCAGUCGUCCAAGCAGCUUUGGAAGCCGCAAAUGUCGUCAUCUCGCAAGCUGUUUCGUCAGCGUCGCAAGUGUUACGAGAAACGCAAAAUCUUCUCAACAACGUGAAUGAUUUGACUUCGAAAUACAACUACCUCGUGUCAUCUUCAGCCAACAUUACCAGCACACUGAACGCGGGACAGACAGUUGUCACACAAGCCGAAACAAAGGUACAGAGCCAGCAAAGCAACCUGCUCCAAGCCGUCAACAUGCAAGCCUCCUUCGCCAUCAUUAACCAAAACAUAGAGAACAAACAGUCAGGAAUGAAUUCGAAGCUAUCACAACUGCAAUCAAUCGCUUCUCAGAUGCCGUUCACCAUCGAAUACAAACAGCGUGCGCAGUCCACCUUCUCACUACGGGGGGUCACUACCCUUACACGUAUGAUGUUCACAGUCGUGCAGUUUGAUGUGCAAGUAAAAAGUUUAAACGGUAUCCUGUGGUAUUUGUUCUCAAAUACAAAUCUAAUGACUGGCACUAUGGGUUUGUACAUGAAAAACGGUUACAUGUAUUUUGUUUACAAUCUUGGAUAUGGUGACGUUAUCGGUAAAAACUCAAUGCAGCUUGCCAUUGGUCGAUGGUAUACUGUCCACGUGACCAGAUCGGGAAUCGAGGCGUUUUUUAUUCUUCGUGACAGCACAGGUUUUUCCUCAAUGGUCAUGAUGAAAUCAGCCUAUGUUGGUGAUGUCCGUUACAUGAGCUUCGAUGUCAACAGCCGAUGGUAUUUAAAUGGUUUUCCUAGCGGCUUUAUGACUCAACUUACAAGCACUUACGGCAGUUUUUACGGUGUUUACGACAACUUUUACUUAAAUGGAGUAUCGUACAAUUUAUGGAACAGUUUUGACUUCAGUGGGCAAACAAUUUACGCGAAUUAUCGAUUCAGACUGCCUCCAGCAAGCAAUGGCUCCGCUGUGACUUUCUUUGGGAACGGCUAUAUACGACAGAGAGUUGGCACAUUCUUAGUCAGUAAUAGUUUCUCGUCAGUGCAGUUAGAAUUUCGUACGCUGAAAGAUAAUAUCGUCAUUUUUGGUGUGACCGGCCAAACUGGAAGCUUUAUUUACGGCUUGUAUAUUUUCGGCGGAAAACUCAUGUUCCAGUUCGCCACAAGUUUGGGGAGCAACAUCGCCAUUAUCACUAAUAAUAAUUUUUACAACAACGGGGACUGGUAUCGAGUCAUGAUCUCUCGGAGUGGUGUAAACGCGACACUAAGUGUGCGAUCUUUAAACCCAGCACAUUUGCAGCUUUCUGAGUUAAAGACAAACUACAUCGGCGUGACUAACCUACCCACAGGAAUCGCAAUCAUCUUCGGCUCGACUUCAACCAACAGUCCCGUUCCUCCACCCGUCAGCGGUAAAUUUGCUGGCGAUAUGCGAUAUGCGUCUUUCAGUGAUGUCACAACCGGGAAGUUAAUCCAUCGCAGUUUCUUAUCGUCGCAGUACCUAAUCGAGGAAAAAGAUACAAGUUAUUAUGGGAUGAUAAAUGGGCAGAUCGUCGAAGGGGUCCGUUUCUAUGGUUACAUGUGGUGGUUAAAAACUGGUUCGUACGCGAUGAUUCAGACAUUCCGAUCGGUUGUUGUUUCGUCUAUAUACAUCAGUUUCAAGACAUCUCAACUCAGUGGAUUGAUUAUGUAUAAGACGGGAAGCGCAUCGCAGCAUCAUUUCUAUAUGGGCUUGAUAGCUGGAAACUUGGUUGUUGUGCUUCAACGCAGCAACAGUAUAAUGGCGCCGUAUGUUUCCUCCAAUCUUACGUUGAGUGACGGACAAUGGCAUAAUAUGAGCCUUGCUUACACAGGAGGAGGUUUCCAGUUGCAGAUCGACGCAAAAAUCGUUUACACUGGAUGGUUUGGCAACGUUGCACUGACUACAAUCGGUACUGGUGACGUGUACAUAGGAGGGUUAUCAAGUGGCGUGCAAAUAGGAAUGGCUGUGCCCACUACAAGACAUCUGCAAAUAGAUUUUGAAAGCUUCCUGAUUAACAGAAUGCAACAGAAUUUCUUUAGUGGAAGCUAUGUUGGUGUGUCAUACGCUGGAAUAACGCCUGGGAGUAAUCAAGCUCGACCUCCGCCAGCCUGUGCUGCUUCGUUCCCAGACCUGAUAUUCGCUCCAGAUCCUUUACAAGUUCGUUUCGGAAAAGUACCAUGGGCGAGCAUUCAAAGUUACAUCGGCUAUCGAUUAUCAGCAAGUACAACGCAGAAGUAUUUUCAGACAAGUUUUGUUGUAACGAUGAGCUUCCGUGCCGUUUCUGGUGACGGUGUCAUAUUUUACAUCGCCAACAGCGACACAAACCCGACGCAGUAUGUGUCACUAGAACUUAUCAAUGGGCGUUUGCGUUAUGAAUUUCAUAAUGGCCAAGGCAAGGUAACCAUAGAGACCGGAAAUACGACGAAUUACGCGGGAGAAGGAAAAUGGUAUAAGAUAUAUCUGCUCCGUAUUUAUCAAUUCGGUGCCAUCCUAAUUCCUGAAACGAUGGAGUACAAAAACUCGCGUCACGAUCAAGCUGCACAACCGCUUUAUUUGACCCGACCCCUGUACAUUGGAGGCUUACCUAACAACAUUGUUGCUAACCACUUCAUGAAACGAAAGUAUGGCUUCAACGGUUGUCUGCGCAAAUUCGAAAUAUCGUCGGGAUUCGAAACGUACGCAAUAGAUUUUACACGACCUGAUCUCGGUGGAACGCAAACGGGAACAACUUCGUGUUAUUCUAACACGGAGACGGGUGUUUAUUUUAACGGAAAAGAUUCGUGGGUAAAUUACGCCAACAAUUUUAUCCUGCACCCAGAUUUUACUCUCGAGCUUCGAUUCAGGACGUAUAAACGUUCAGGAACACUCCUGUAUUUAUUCUCCAACCAAACACCAAAUGGAGUGGGUGUCGGGAGUGGAUUUGGGUCAUAUAUGUUGUUGGAGUUAGAAGAUGGAAAGAUCAACUUCCACUACAAGCCUUCCAUGCUUCAACCAGGUCAAACAUUUGUGUGGAAAGACUCAAAAGGAGACAAAUCUUACUAUCUGUGUGAUCAAAGAUGGCACACCUUAAAAAUCAGUAAAACCGCGCGAAGUUUGAGGAUCAAAGUUGAUUCUCUUUUAAACAUGGGAGGCGGAGUUGUGGAUGAAACCAAUAGUGGACAAAUCAAUGGUUUUAUGUACAUUGGUGGUGUCAAAGGAGGUAUACAGAAACCUGGCCAGGUUACAAGAUAUUUCGAUGGAUGCUUGCAGCUCGUGUCUCUCGGGCAGAAUUCAGAACGAAUCCAAUCGAGCGUGGAUGGAAACAAUGUGGUGUUUGGUUGUCCAACAUUUUAAUUUCUUUCUUUCAUUUUUAGGUAGUUGUAAAUAAGAAUUAGUCGCUCAAAAAAUCAAGUUUCUUUUUAUAUUUCAUCAAAAAAUAAAUAAUUCCUCAUAUACAAAUAUAUACACACUACAUGAACGACACCAUUUUGUCCGUCAUGUCACGUGUCAAACACAAAUGCACGCAUCUCUUCUAAUAUUUUGUGAGCCUCCAUGCUUCGUUUUCCACAGUUGUUAGCAAUCUCUAAACAACCCAGACAUAAAAAAUUGAGAACCAAAACCAGUGCGCAACAAAAGCCCCUGACAUAAACGUAAGUUGAAACUAAGUUACCUUCUGCUUUUUCGUACGCGCCGUUUCGUUCAAACCCAAGACGAACAAAGGAAGGCUCUAAAUAAGAAAAUAUAGCCUUGUGAAGUAACACGUACACACACGGUACAAUUUUAUCUAAUAACGAGCGUUUUGUUCCUACCUUCAAAUGUUGAGGCUUUCCAAUCGAGUAACUGCUUGGAAACUGAAUGGUUAUAUUCUUAAAAAUGAAUGACAAAAAUUGUACAUCACUUUUUGGGAAAUCUAGAACAUUA